CCCCUUAAACGUCAUCGAGGCGCGCCGUGCGGGAUAGCAGCGUGCGGCUACCAUGGCGCUGUUCCACGUCGCGCGGUACUCGGACCCGGAGGCAGCCGGCAUCGAGGAGGUGAGGGCUGAGGCUGGCGGCCGGGCGCGCGCCCUGCUCGAGCGGCUGCAGAGCCGGGCCCGAGAGAGGCAGCGGCAGGAACCGGAACCUGAGCCCCCCGGGACGGACACGGAAGCGGAGGGCAGGCGGCGGCGGCCCCGGCGGCGGCCCCGGCGGCGGCGCGGAGUGACUGACUCAUUCGCGAAGAGCUUGGACGCGCGGAGGGCGAAGCGGCGGAAAGCCGAGGACGGGGACGCGGACGAGGAAAGCAGCGAGACGGCGCCCGAGGCUAUCAGCGUGCGCACAGAGACCCGAGCGGCCCAAGGUGGGCGGCCGCCGGAGGAGGCUACUGGACCCCCAGCUCCGGGUCCGGUGCUGGGUGGCUUCACAAGGAGGAAGACACCGAAGGUCCAGCCUUUCCUGCCAACGUGGCUGGCUGAGCCAAGCCCUGUCAGGAAGAGCGUCACUGAGGGUCUUAUUCCCAUUGAAGACAUCCCGGAGGUGCACCCUGAUUUGCAGAAGCAACUGAGGGCACAUGGCAUCUCCUCCUACUUUCCAGUCCAGGCAGCUGUGAUUCCUGCCCUCCUGGAGAGUGCAGCUGGCGGGUUUCUGGUGGGCAGAGGUGGCUACCAGCCCAGCGACCUCUGUGUUUCUGCCCCAACUGGUAGCGGAAAGACACUGGCCUUUGUCAUCCCUGUGGUACAGGCCCUGUUGCAUCGAGUAGUCUGCCAUAUCCGCGCCUUAGUUGUACUGCCCACCAAGGAGCUGGCCCAGCAGGUGAGCAAAGUGUUCAACAUCUAUACCAACACUACACCUCUGCGAGUUGCCCUAGUGACUGGACAGAAGUCACUAGCCAAGGAGCAGGAGAACCUCAUCCAGAAGACAGCAGAUGGUUACCGUUGCUUGGCUGACAUUGUGGUGGCCACACCUGGCCGCCUGGUGGAUCACAUCGAUCAGACCCCAGGAUUUAACCUCCAGCAACUCCGCUUCCUGGUUGUUGAUGAGGCUGACCGGAUGAUAGAUAGUAUGCACCAGUCCUGGCUGCCACGAGUGGUGGCAGCAGCCUUCCAUAGAGAAGGUCCCACAGGCCCCUGUGCUCUGUUCCAGAGGAUACAGCCCCAGGCUGUGACCACUGCCAGCACUUGCUAUCCCCAGAUGCCUCUACAGAAGUUACUGUUCUCAGCUACCCUGACUCAGAACCCUGAAAAGCUCCAGCGGCUUGGCCUCUACCAGCCAAGGCUUUUCUCCACAGGGCUAGGACACAGAGGUCCUAAAGACACAGAUGUCGAAGUGGAUGGAGAUUUAGGAGGGAAAUACACUUUCCCUGUGGGGCUCACGCACCACUAUGUACCCUGCAGACUCAGCUCCAAGCCACUCAUCAUCUUACACCUAGCUCUUGGGAUGAACCUCUCAAGGGCCCUCUGCUUUACCAACUCUCGAGAGAACUCCCACAGGCUCUUCCUGCUAGUGCAGGCUUUUGGGGGUGUGAGCGUGGCUGAAUUCUCCUCCCGCUACGGGCCUGGCCAGAGGAGGAAGAUCUUGAAGCAGUUUGAACAGGGAAAAAUCCAGCUCCUUAUCAGCACAGACGCUACUGCACGAGGCAUUGACGUGCAGGGUGUGGAGCUGGUGAUCAACUAUGAUGCCCCCCAGUACCUGAGGACCUAUGUACACAGAGUUGGAAGAACAGCCCGAGCUGGAAAAACUGGACAGGCAGUCACACUACUCUUGAAAGUGCAGGAGAGGAAGUUCCUCCAGAUGCUGGCAGAAGCUGGGGUGCCCCAGCUGGCACACCAUAAGAUCCCCAGUGAGCUCCUGCAGCCUCUCGUCCCUCAGUAUGAGGCAGCCUUGUUGCAGCUGGAGAAGGCUGUAAAGGAAGAACGAAAGUUGAAGGUGGUUUAGAUGGAAACCUUUGGCACUGGAGAGAACCUCCUGCUGAAUUGAGUCACUGGUUUUAUUCUGAAUAUUGAAAUGUGAGCAGAAGGUACAGUUCUUUGUGGUUCCUGAAGUAGCCACCAAUGGAAACAGCCCUUCUCCUCAAGCACAUUGUCCUCUUGGGCCAGACAGCCUGGUUGGUGGCUUAGGCCUGAAAUGUGAGAGCCUGUGGCAUGUGCUGCUGUGGAGUCCACUUGGUCUCUGAAAAUAAGCUCCAGCGAAACUGAAGGGUGCCCUAGGGCAGGUGGAUUGGUACCUGUCGGGUGGGUGACCAAAGACUAUGAUCAUCGUUGCAGAGACCUGGCAAAUUUACUGUUUUUAACAUCAUCAUAUCGGGUGUGCAGAGAAGCUGUAAUGAGCUUAUCCCACACAAGUCAUUAAGCCCCAGAAGUUUGGCCUUGGCAUUCCCACAGUUGCUAACAUUCAAGGUGGUACUUUAUAAUUGGGUACCACCCAAAUAUAAAGCAAACUUAGAUCAUGGGUGAGUCCUCGCUUGAACAUAACCAAGGAGACUUAGCACUAUCUCUGUUUAUAUAAGAAGGCCUGUUGGGUGCUAGAAAGGUGGCUCACUGACUGUUCUUGCAGAAGACCCAGGUUCGAAUCCCAGCACCCACAUGGCAGCUAACAGCUGUCCGUAACUCCAGUUCCAGGGGAUCCAACAGUCUCUUCUGUCCUCCACAGGCAUUGCAUG